UUGGGACAGCUGUCUGGGUUUAGGCAGCGAUGACUCUAAUCCCAUUUAGCAGAGGGAAGAGCAGCGCAGGGUCGCUCUGCAGAGGUUUAGCCCUCAAGCGCAGAAGAGGAGGAAGAAGGGCAAAGCUUUUCUUUUCUUUCAGCAACAUGGGGAACACGAAGAGCAGCGCUUUGUCGAAGGAGCUCCUGGAAGAGCUGAAGUCCAACACCAAAUACUCAGAGGCCGAGCUCUGCACCUGGUACCAGUCCUUCCUGAAGGAGUGUCCCAGCGGGAAGAUCACCAAGGAGCAGUUUGAAGGCAUCUAUGCCAGCUUCUUCCCAGGCGCAGACCCCUCGGCGUACGCACGCCACGUCUUCAGGAGCUUCGACACCAAUGCAGACGGCACCCUGGACUUUAAGGAGUACAUCGUGGCGCUGCACCUCACCUCCGGAGGAAAGACUCUGCAGAAACUGGAGUGGGCCUUCGCCCUUUAUGACGUGGACGGAAACGGAACCAUUAGCAAAAACGAAAUUCAAGAGAUCGUUAGGUCCAUAUUCAACAUGAUCCCGGCCGACGACCAGAAGAACCUGCCCGACGACGAAAACACGCCGGAGAAGAGGGCCGAGAAAAUCUGGGCGUUUUUCGGGAAAAAGGAAAACGAUAAAAUCUCUGAGGGGGAAUUUAUUCAGGGUGUGAUGGACAACAAGGACAUCUUGCGCUUGAUACAGUACGAUGAGCCUCAGAAAAUAAAAGACAAGCUGAAGGAGAAGAAGCAUUAACACAAACAACUGACGUGUGUUUCAUGUAUUUCAUGUGAUUUUUUUUUUCUCU